AUGAACCGCGAAAACGACCUCGAUGCCUGGAUCCUAGGCAGCGGCAUCUCCUCCCUAACCGCCGCCGUCCACCUCAUCCAAGAAGCCCACGUCCCUCCUUCACGCAUCCACAUCCUCGAGAAACUCAGCGUCGCCGGCGGCACAACAGUCAGCUACGGCGAUGCAGAGCAUGGGUACGACUUCCGCGCGGGCGUCCGCCCGCAAUUCAACGACAUGUGUAUGGACACACUCCUCUCCCUCGUCCCGUCACUAAGUGACCCGAACCGGACGGUGCGUGACGAGAUCUACCAAUACGUCGAGGGGAUGGUUAUACCAAAGGCGCAGACAAGGUUCCUUACACAUACGCCGCAUGGGGUCGGACUGGGGAAUGGGAGGAAGAUGGGGCUGGGCGUGCGCGAUCGGCUCGAUCUGUUUAAGCUUGCGAGCAAGUCGGAGAGGGCGAUUGGGCGCGCGAGGAUCUGUGAUUUCUUUGGCGAGGGGUUCUUUCGGAGUGGAUAUUGGCUGUCGUUGGCCACGGCGUGCGUUGAUUCUUCCUCUGCUUUCCCCCUCUUUCUAUGGGUGAGAUGUGCUGAUGAGGUGGCGUAUAGAUUUGGCUUGAAGCCCACGCAUUCGGCCGCUGAGUUUCGGCGAUACCUCCAUCGAUUCAAUGACUUGCACGCCCUGAAUGAUCCGCAUGUCCUUGACUUUGGGAAGUACAAUGUCCACGAGUCCAUCAUGGUCCCUGUUGCGCGCUUCCUGCAAGCACAGGGUGUAGACUUUCGCUUCAACACGACAAUAUGCGACAUCCUCUUUGCUCACGACAACCCCGACGAUCCCACCGAGCCAACGAGGGUAACAGCAAUCCAGAUCUUACCUGCCAGAGAGAGGGGCACCUCGAUCCGCUCUCGCGAUGAACAGAUCAUCCGGCUGAGCCCCGCCGAUAUAGUGAUUGUGACACUUGGCUCCAUCUACUCGUCCAUCCUGACGGGGAACAACACACGCUCUCCACCCUGUCUCGAGCGCGUCCCUACAACCCUAACCAUGCCUGACGACGCCGGCAACGAUACCUCUCCAGACGAAGACUCGCCCAUCGACUCGGAACUCGACGAGAAUUGGCUCCUCUGGCUCGAGCUCUGCACCAAACACCCGAAAUUCGGCAACGCGUACAACUUUUGCACGCGGAUACACGAGUCCCGUAUCGAGUCGUUCACAAUCACCUUUUCCUCGCCGGAAUUCUUCACUCGGCUCGCGGAGACGACGGGCAAUGACCCCGGACCGAAUACGAUCCUCACCUUGCGGGACUCCUCGUGGCUGAUCACACUCCGGAUCCCCGCGCAGCCUGUGUUCCCAGACCAGCCGGCGAACAUUGAAGUCUGCUGGGGGUACGCACUCCACCCGGAUAAAGUAGGCGACUACGUUUCGAAGCCGAUGCUGUACUGCUCCGGCGAGGAAAUCCUAACUGAGAUCCUGGCUCAUCUCCGCUGGGAGCCCGAGCAAAUUCUAGAGAAUGCGAUAACCAUCCCGUGUAUCCAGCCGCGGGCUGCGUCGACGCUGCUCCCGCGGGAUCCAGAGGAUCGGCCGACUGUGAUCCCCAAGGGGAUGCACAACAUGGCGGUGAUUGGUCCGUUUGUGGAGAUACCGGACGAGGUUGUUGUUACGACGGAUUAUAGUGUUCGUGGGGCGCAGAUGGCUGUUCGGGGGCUUAUGGGGUUGGGAGGGAGUGUGAGGAAGAGCAAGAAGGCGAGUGCAAUUAGUUUGCUGGGGCUGUUGUAG